AUGUGCAAGCUCAAUCUAAUUGCAGCCUCUUCAACCAGGCUGGUGUGUUACUUUAACAGUGAGGCUGAAGAUAGAGCGGAGUAUGGAGAGUUUACGGUUUCUGAUAUUGAUCCAAACCAGUGUACCCAUCUGAUUUAUGCCUUUUCUGACAUUAAUAAUAAUGAGGUGGUCCCCAUGAAAGCAACAGAUAUACAACAAUAUCAGUCCUUUAAUGGACUUAAAACCAGAAACCCCCUGCUCAAAACCCUUUUGGCAGUUGGUGGCUUGACCUUUGAUAUACAAAAAUUCAGCGAAAUGGUGUCAGAACAACAAAACCGAGCAAAAUUCAUCCAGUCUGCAAUCACAAUACUAAGAGCUAAUGGGUUUGAUGGGCUUAACAUUGACUGGAGGAACCCCAGAGGAGCUGGAAGCCAACUACAGGACAAGCAGAGAUUCACACUACUGUGCAAGGAGCUCAAAGAAGCCUUUGUGGCAGAGGGAACAGCAGCUAACCGUAUCAGAUUAAUCAUCACUGCUAGUGUCUCUGCUGAGAAAGCAACCAUCGAUGCCAGUUAUGAAGUUGCAGAGAUUGCCAUGCACCUGGAUUUUAUUAAUGUUCUUACAUUUGACUUUCACGGACCAUGGGAAAAUGUGACAGGACAUCACAGCCCCUUAUACCAGGGAUCCCAAGACAUUGGAAACAAGAACUACUCAAACACUGACUUUGCCAUGCAGUACUGGCGGAAACAGGGAGCACCUACAGAAAAGCUCAAUUUGGGGAUUGCAGCUUACGGCCGAGCUUUUGACCUCUCCACUAAUGCCAGUGAUGUUGGAGCACCAGUCAAGGGUCCUGGUGAAGAGGGCUGUUACACCGGUGAAGAGGGAUUUUGGGCCUCCUAUGAGACUUGCCUUUAUAUUGAAGGGGUUACAACCCAGCUGAUUACUGAUCAGAAAGCUCCAUAUGCUGUCACAGAAAACCAGUGGGUUGGAUUUGACAACAUAGACAGCCUUGAUACUAAGGUCAAUUAUCUAAAAAAUUACAGCUUUGGGGGAGCCUUUGUGUGGUCUCUGGACCUGGAUGACAACAGUGGAGAGUUCUGUAAAAUGGGCAAGAAUCCUUUUAUUAGCCACCUGCAUACUCUCCUGGUCCCAGGUAACCAAAAUGCAAAACUGACACUUUCUAUUGUCUACUGUCAUGGAGUGGAGAACAACCACAACAUCCCCUACCACAACUCUUCCUUCAACAACCACAACUUCACCUACCAAAACAAUGCCCAAUACCACAACUCCCCCUUCCACAACCACAAUUUCUCCCACCACAACUACAACAAUGGCCACCACCACAACUUCCCCUACCACAACCACAGCGUUGUCCCCAACCAAAACCACAUUAACUGCCCCUACCACAACCACAGCAAUGCCAAAUACCACAACUCCCCCUGCCACAAUCACAUCAACCUCACCUACUAUGACCACAACUUCUCCGACCACAACAAUCCCCUCUACCACCACAAUAAUCACAACUUCCCCGACGACCACAACUUCGCCUUCCACAACCACAGCAUUGCCCCCUACCACAAACACAAACACAACAAUGGCCACUACCACAACUCCCCCUACCACAAUAACAACAACCUCUCCGACUACAACCACAACCCCUACCACUACCACACACUCCUCUAUCACAACCACAAUAAUAACCACUACAACAAUCACAACUUCCCCUACCACAACCACAAAAAUGCCACCUACCACAACCACAGCAGCUCACACAACAACCACAACUUCCCCUAA